AUGAUACAUUUUGACGGCCUCGCAGACCGCGUCUCGGUCUUCAGCUCGUCCCUUCGCCUCGAUGCCUUUAGCCCUGUCCCGGUCGACCUCGUCGAGCCGCUCGCCAAGCACGUUCGGCAGCUGUGGCCGCUUCUUUCCCAGUACAUUGCUAUUGGUCUUCUUCACGGCGCGAUCAUAUCACUCGGGUAUCCCUUCUUCGUCGCGUACUUUCGAUUGCCGGGCCAGCACCUCAAUGCGAUCGUUGCGUUGCUGACCGCCGCGUGGGCAGGAAAGCCUGCAUUCCAUCUUCUCGCCAUGUACCAUCCCAUUGUCGGCCGGCACCACAAGCCAUACAUGCUUCUCGGCUGGGCAUGCUGCAGUCUCAGCCUUGGUGUCUUGGCACUGCGCGACCACGGACAACCCUUUGACAUCUAUACGCUGCGCCCGCUCGCGCCGCGACGUCAUUGCAUCAAUCCAGCGGCGAUUGCACAGGGCUCAACGCUGGCGUUGACGCUACUCAUUCCGAGUCUCAGCGCGGCCAUGGUGCACAGCAGCACAGACGCACUCGUCGCUCGGUACAGCGCCAAUUGCAGCGUCAACCAGCGCCACCUCGAUGCCUGCGUCUUUGGUUCCCGGGCACUGGCCAGUGCGACAGCAAGCAUCCUCGUUGGGUGCGGCUUCAAUACGCCAGCGUUUGGCGGCGCCUCGUCGCAGCAUGCACCGAUCGCGCUGCUUUUUGGGCUCCUCGCUGCGGCGAGCGGUAGCCUGUUCGUCCUCUCGUGGUGCUACGUUGUCGACGCGGAAGCGUCACGACGGUGCCUCAAGUCCGACAUGCGUGGUCUUUUGCGCCUUGUGCGCUCCUCGACGGUCCGCCAACACAUUUUGGCCAGCGGCACGGUGCACUUUUUUGGUGCGACGACAAUGGCAUCCACAGCGGCGCCGUACGUAAAGUAUUUCUGGGGCGAGAUUGAAUCGCGGAGCUACGUGCUAUGGCAUGUCGGUAGCAGUGCCGGCGUUGCACUUGUCGUCACUGCCACGGCCGUGUACGGCAUUGGCUGGAGCUAUCGUCGCACUCUGAUCCUGACGACGCUAGCGUCCACGGGCCUUCACGCCCUCGUGCACGGUCUUGCCAUCGCCAAUGUCGUGCGCAACGAGACGUUCUUCCUCACCAUGGCGUUCCUCGAUGUCGUGCCCACCGGUGCCCACAGCAUGCAGCUGGCCUUUCUCACCUUUGAGUUUACGGAUGCGCUGCGCGAGGUUGCAAACGACGAGUCGACCAUCGCGCUCUUUCGCAACCUCUUGACGGCAACCACCAGCGCCGCGAUGGUCUGCGCUGCGGUCGUCGCCAACGUCUCCUGUGCGCUGUUUCUCGUCACGCCAGCACGCAUUGCUACCGACUCGGAUGCAGUACGAAACGACGUGGCCGUGACGUAUGCCUUCACCUACCUGAUGAACGUCGUGCCGACACUUGCUGCAGCGUACGUGUUUCCAUCGCUCGAAGAGCAAGGGUGGCUUGCCACGAGCCGUCGCCUCUCGCGGACCCGCGCUUGCGUUGCUGGCCUCGUCGUUGUGGGUCUCGUCACCGUCGUGAUCGCCAGUCUCGUCAUUUUGCUGCUUACGCUUUGGUACCCCAUGAACGCCGAGGUGGAGGCCGGCGCGGUCUUCUUCGACCCGGACCACUACAUCUGCACCGCCUCGGGCAACAAGAUCAGCCGUGACUCGACGCUCUGCUGCACCAAGAACAUCCUGCUCCGGGGCAAAACCAUCAUCAACGCAUCCACGAUCCUGCGUGGCGACCUUGCCAAGAUCUCGCUCGGGAAGCUCUGCAUCAUCCGCGAGUCUUGCGUGCUCAAGCCGCCGCCCAAGAUCCUUCCCACUGGCAUGCUCUUCAUUCCGCAGACCGUCGGCGACCACGUGUACAUUGGCGAAGGCUCCAUCAUCGAGGCCGCACGCAUUGGAUCGUGUGUGCAGAUUGGGAAGAACUGCGUCAUCGGCAAGCGCGUGAUCAUCCGCGACUGCUGCUACAUUGCCGACAACACGAUCAUCGCGUCGGACGAGAUCAUCCCGCCGUACACGCAUGUGAGUGGCAUUCCAGGUACGUCGACCUACGAGCUGCCGGAAGCGACCCAAGACCUCUGCAUGGCCCAAGUCGCGCGGUACUUUGAGAAUUUCCGCGCUGGCAAACCCAUCGAAUAACUUGAUUUUGCCACCGUAUUAAAGCCACUUUUUGGUCCCGUU